AUGCCAGCGGAGGCAUUCCAACAGCUCUAUCCUUUGUCGCCCUACGGAAUCGCUCUCGGUAACCCGGCUGCCUUCGGUCAACUCCAGAGUCUCUCUCAGGCGAUGACCAUGCCGGUACAACAGAAGGAGGGAUCUCGGGAGCUCAUAAUUACAGGUCCCGAAGGAUGCAAUUUGUUCAUCUACCAUCUCCCACAAGAGUUUGGAGACCAAGACCUGGCACAAAUGUUCAUGCCGUUCGGGACUGUUAUCAGCGCAAAAGUUUAUGUCGACCGUGCUACUAAUCAGAGCAAAUGCUUUGGUUUUGUGAGCUUCGAUAAUCAGGCCAGUGCGCACAGUGCAAUUCAAUCGAUGAACGGAUUCCAGAUUGGUAUGAAGCGAUUGAAGGUGCAAUUGAAGCGUUCGAAAAGUACGUUACAUUUCACGUUGUUUGCCUGUCCAUACUGUUUGUUGCACUCGGCUUCAGCGGAGAUGUGGACGUCCGUCAUCCAUCUCCUAACUUGA